AUGUCUCAGAAACCCAUAAUGACAGCCCAUGCCAUAAGAAAUUAUCUCCCAUCAAAUGACUUGAAAAAUUGCUUGCAGCUACUGCAAGAUGACGUUGUCUACAUCAUGGACAAGUCUGACAACCAGUGGUGGGAUGGCGUUGUCUUGGAUCCUAUUGGGAAUGUUCAAAGAGGCUGGUUCCCAGCCUCUUAUGUAGAACCAUACACCCAACUUCACAGACGGUCACAUUCACGUUCACAUUCACGUCCUCGUCCAAGUUCAAAUUCAAAAUCACGUUCAAGUUCACUUUCAAAAUCGCAGUCACAGUCACGUUCAAAUUCUAACUCAAAUUCAAAUUCAAAUUCAAAUGUGAACUCAAACCCAAAUAUAAACCCAAACUCACGUUCACGUUCACGCUCAUGUUCGGUCUCAAGUUUGAAAAAAUCGGCUAGAUUGAACUCCUCGUCAAAAUCGAACUUGGUACCUGCAAAUGAAAUAGCAAUUGGCGACCAACAUCAACUAAAAUCGAAAUCAAGUACUCCAGGUUAUGAAUAUAACCCAUCGAAUUCAACAACACCUAAUAUCAAUACCUCUUCAAGCGGCCAAUUUUCGCCAGCUUCUCAAAAUAUUCAGCCAAGGAGACACUCCACCAGACCUAGAAUGCAAUCAUAUGGCGGCCCCCAUCAAAUGUCAACACUCCAUAAACAACAACAAUUACCGCAACAACAUGUACACUCAAGAGUUUCUUCACCUCAUGCUAGCCAUUUCAUACGCUCCAAUUCAGCGGAAGUUCAACCUCACUCUCCAUCAGCUUCAAUAUUCAAGGAGAAGAACUAUUUUAUUUCAAAACACGAUUCCUUACUAUCUAUGAACUCUCAACAACAACAGAUCAACGAGUCAAGGCAGUCGUCUCAAGCUUUUACAGAUAUAUCCGCCACUUCAUUAUCUAAUUCCAUACAUAUAGUGUCAAGUGAUGAAGUGAAAUCUUAUUUUCAACCUGAUAAUUCUAAAUCCCAGCCUUCAUUUAAUUUUGUUCCCACUUGGAUACCACAAUUUGGUCAAAAUCUGGAAGUUCUCUAUAAGAACCAGGCACUAAAUGUAUACACCAAUGAUAUACCCUACAUUGAUGCUGGUUUCAUCAAUGAGAGCACCUUGUAUGAAACUCCAGAUACUACCAAUUUGAUAAAUGAUUUGAAUAUUUUACCUUAUUCUUCAAAGCGGAGCUGUAAUGAUGUUGCCUGUGUAAACAUGAGUAGGAAGAUAUCAAGGGGCAGCAGCAAGGGAAAUGAUUCAGUCAAUUAUAAUAUCAAUCAUAGUUGCUCUAACGCCUUCCACAGCAAUUCGAAUAGAUCGUUACCAGAGCACACCCAUAUACUCCAUAAUUUACCAUCUUUUGUUGACUCAAGACCCACAGAAAUUUACUAUACCGAAACCUCAGAUUUACUUACUUGGGAUUCGUUGGUUUCAAGCUUCAUUAAUGCGAUAGAUGGGUCGAUUUCAUGCCUUAUUAAGAAAGAAAAAAUGGGUUUUAAAACUCAUUUAAACGACGCAUCUAACAAGCUAUCAUUUUAUCACAUUGCUUGCAGGCAGAUCCACCCUCUAUUGGACAGUUCAAAUAAAGUCUCAAAAUUAAGUUCCAUAUUAAAAAAGAUUACUGAUACUUUUAUUCAAUUCAGAAUCUGGUCAAAUUUGGCCAUUGUUUCAAUUGAUGCCCAGAUUUCUCAUAGAACCGGCUCAAAGUUGGGGUUUGAGGAUAACUUGAUGAAUGGAUCCACAAUUAACGAUUAUAUAAAAAACUCCACCAUUGCAAGGUCCAAAUUAGAGAAGCUGUCAAUUCAUUUGAUUAAGUUUAUGUCUACUGUUCCAAUUAUGGUUCAUAAUGGAUACACCCAAAAGAAUACUUCUAAAAUGUUGCCAAUGGUAUACACAAGAUUUAUUAAGGAUAAGUUUGAAGGCGGUAAUUAUAAGAAUAAACUUACAUAUUCAAAAUAUCAUCAUAAUGAUUAUUUUAUUGAUGUAAACCAUGAUCAACCAAACAUCUUAUUAGAUGAAGCAGUUACAGAUAAAUUAAAGGUACUGGAAAUUAACAUAUUUGAUUCAUUAAAGCAAAUCAAUGAUAUAUUGUUGACGCAACCAUCCAAAGAUAUGUCCUUGCAACAAUUCAAUGAGAAGAUAAAUAUAAGUUUACUAACAGCUGUUUAUAAAUGUGUUCCUCUCUUGUCACAGUUUAUAAACACUUUUGAGUCUAUCGAUCUAACUGUUUUUGCGAUGAUUGAUAGAAUGGCAAAAAAACCCUCUGACUAUAAAAGAAAUACAACUCUAAUAAAGUCAGAGGUUGAGGACCCUUUAUCGCCCUCUAGUACUCCUCUGCAUCAUACAUCAAACAUCGAGACUUUGUCAAGCAGUACUUCUGACUUUGGAAACUCAAUUGAUUCUGGUGAAGAUAGUGAAAAAAGUAGUCAAUCUUUCUACGAUGCAACUGCUAAAGUUUUCAGACCUUUGAUUUGCGAGUUCUUACAAUUGAAACAAUCGCUUCAUUCAGCAUUUAGUGAUUUGAUUUUGGAUUCUCAGACAAUUACCGCUGAUGAUCCUGAGACAUUUUCCACGAUGAGAGAUGAUUCUUCUCUUUAUACAAAACCGUCUAAAUUCAAAAUGGUUGCGGACAUUCUACUAAUGAAGCUACAAAAGGCAGACUAUGAGUUACAUAGACGUAAUUCGUAUAUUCUUGACCCGAAGUUGAAAUUGAUGGAAACCAUCAAUGUUUCAAAAGAUAGGAUAAAAUUGAUCAAUAUUCUGAUUAUUCAAUUGAGAGAUGAGCGUAGAACAAUUUUAAACUAUUGUUCGAGAUUGAUGAAUUCUGAUUUUAAUAUUGCUUCUCUAUUUAUUGCUGAAAGACACAAUACAAUUGUUUCUAAAUCAAGUCAAGCAACAGCUACGUUUAGUGGGAAAUAUUCUUCAGGUUCUUAUAUGAACGAAGAUGAUGAAAGAGAAAACUCAGUCGAUGAGAAAUUACCAGAUUAUGGUUACACUUUUACGAAUGCAAAUACAAAUGAAGAACAUGUUCCAUGGUAUAUGACUAUGGACCAUGAUGAGGAGAAGCUAAUCUAUGAAGGCUCCAUUUUGAAAGGUGGACCUGUGAGAGGCUUAGUUUCUAAAUUAGUUAAUCCAAAUAACCAACCCGACGAAUUAUUUGAGCAAACAUUCCUAUGUUUUUUUAGUACGUUUGUCAAGCCAGCCAAACUAUUUGAAAUACUAAUUGAAAAGUAUAAUUUGAGUAUGCCCGAAGCAUUAAGUUACGAAGAAUAUGGUAUUUGGAUUGAACAAAAGUUAAAACCACAGCAGCAGAGGAUUUUAGACAUUUUCAUCAAACUAUUCUCUAGAUAUUGGAUUGUUAACUAUACGACAUCGGAGUUGAUCAACACUUGGGAUUACUUUGUGGAGGAAACGCCGAGUGUUAAAAUUGAGUUAAUCAAUUUAAGCGCAAAGGUGUUCUCGUUUGAUAAUCAAGAAGAAUAUAUUGAUUAUUUUAAAUUAGGAAAUAUGGAACCAAAAACAAUUCCUGUAGCUCCCUUGUCCAAUUCUAUAUUGCAUUUGAGAUUACAAUCAUUAAAUAUCAAUUAUGUUGCUGAACAAAUAACUGCAGUACAAGCGUUUUAUUAUAGGAAGCUUAAUAUGUGGGACUUAUUAGGUAGAACCUAUAACUUCGCAAGGAUUUUAAGAGGCGACAACGAGAUGAAGCAUUCUAAUGUUAAUAUGAGGGAUCCGUUGGGUACAAAAAAUAUAUCCAACUUUAUUAAAUGUUGUAAUAAUUUGACUCAUUAUACAAGUUUUAUGAUUUUGAAAAAUAGUGAUUUGAAUGAAAGGAUGGAAUCAAUCAAAUUUUUCAUCUUGUUGGCAGAAAAAUUAAUGGCAAUGAACAAUUUCUCAUCAAUGACUGCCAUUAUAAGUGGUUUAGGCUCAACUAGUAUUUCAAGAUUACGCAAAACUUGGGAUCAGUUGCCACAAGUUUACAUCAAUAAAUUUCAAAAAAUGGACAACUUGAUGUCAAUCGGAAAAAAUUAUAGUGAAUACCGAAAUAUCCUGAAAUUUGUUAAUGCUGAUGACGAGGCAUAUAUGCCAUUUUUAGGGAUGUAUCUCUCAGACUUAAGAUUCACAACAGAUGGUAAUUCAGAUUGGUUGACUAAAAGGAGGGGUUCCAAGGGACUAGUUAAUUUUGCGAAAAGAGUAAGCAUAAUGAAAAUUAUUAAUGAAGUUUUAGAUUUCAAUAAUACGUUAUACAAUAUUAGGCUAGAUGAGGAAUUUUCUUGUUAUUUACAGGAAAUGUUUAAGGGUUUGCCAGAUGAUGAAAAAAUGUACCAAUUGUCAAUUGAGAUUGAACCUAGAGUUAGUGUGCUCAAAAAUGGCAAAGGCUUGGCAACUGUCGGCUUGAUGGAAAUAGCGGAUGGGACUUACCAAGGCAGUGUGACUCCUGAACGGUCCUCAACUUUAAGCUCAUUUUUUGGUACUUUCAAUUCAAUUGGGUCAUUUAGUACGCCUGAUGGUAGAAAUAAUAAUGAGAGGCAUAAUAGCAAUGAUCGAAAUUCUACACAGGCUCAAAUGCAGGGCAACGAAGGACAUCAUAGUCAUUCACAUCGUAAGCAUAGCCAUAAUCAUAAGCACCAUUACAAACAAAAGUAG